AUGUCCUCGUCACUGCAGUCGCUCGACGCUCAGGUAGCGAAGGUGCUAUCGGAAUGGUCGCUGGUCACGACGCUGCUGGCUGUCGUCUUGGUCGGCGUCUUGAUCUACCCUCUGAUCUACACUGACGAGCCGGACACGCACCCUCUGCUCCUAGCACGACAAGCUACAGCUUCAGCAGUCCGGAACAAGGGCGAGUCAGCCAUCUACAGAUCUCCAGAAGUUCCGCACGGCUACCCGCUCCGCACUGGCUUGAACGUCAAAGAUGCUGGUGCACCACGUUGGGCAAGCGGGAAGGACGGAGAUGUUCGAGACAUUUGGCGUGAGGUCCAGCGACGUGGCACACAGGGUGCUGACAACAAGGAGAUACCGCAGGGACUGAUCAUGACCGUCUUUGGCAAGGAAGAGCUUGUUGAGCAUGACAUUGAUGAGCUGAGCAAAGAGAUCGGAAUCGUUGGGCGACAUUUCAAGAAGGACGGGGCCCAGAAGGUUGCCAUAUACCUGCCGAAUAGCAUUGAGUAUCUGCAGACAAUCUUUGCCACCGCUUUCUACGGCCUUACUCCAAUCCUGCUUCCGUACAAUCUUCCACAUGCAAAGUUGUACGAGCUUCUGGGCGAGACCGGAGCUGAUACCCUGGUAUGUGCAGCUGGUAAUGUGCCGCUAGAAGAGUUGGUCCAGGCAAUAAGCAGCGUGAAGCAUGUCACCUUAGUUGUGGAGAGAACUAGCCGGCACAUGGACUGGGAUGGCACGCCUGAGGGACGUCUUUCUGUAGGAGUCUGGCACAGCAUCGUCGAAGACAACAAGGCCAGUGCCAGCGCCGAGCUACCUAACAACGCUGCGGAGAAGCCGGGCGAUGUCAUCACAGUUUGGCAACACUCGGAGAACACAGAAAUUGUCAGCUUCACACAGGAGAACAUCGUCUCGGCUGUCGCUGCUCUCAUAUCGGCGAUACCUCUGCGCCAACGCCUGACUUCUGCCGACCUCGUUCUACCAGCCGACACUUUCACACACAACUACGUCCUGACCAACACAUUCGCCGCACUCUUCACGCACAGCAGCCUAGCAAUCAACAGCGUUGCAGUACCUGGUGUCGACCUGACUUUGGCUCGUCGAGGCAUCGCUCCGACAGUCAUCAUUGCCAGCGCUGAGACGUUAGCGAAAUUGCACCAUCAAGAGACUGCCGGCAUAAGCUCUGGACUGCAAAGAUUCGGCAAGUACACUCAGGACCAGACUAUAUCUGCAGGCCGCAUGCCUACCGAUGGCAUGCUGUUCAAGCUGCUCGCUCCUUCAUCAACCAGUAGCGAACCCGGGAAGCUGCGCCUUAUAUUGACUUCUGAGCGCAUUGGCGCCGGCUCGCCGGCACUCACCUCCACCCAACUUUCCGAUCUGCGUAUCUUUACCAGGAGUCGCAUCAUCUAUGCACUCACUGCCGCGAGGGUAGCAGGUGCAGUGGCGCAGACAAAUGUAUUCGACUACAGGAGAGACGAUGGGCAAGGUCACUCGCACUUCGGUGUCCCACUCAGCAGUGUCGAGGUGAAACUUGUGGGUGGAGAGGGAGAUGUUGGAGCUGAGUCGCCGAGAGGACAAAUCACGGUCACUGGACCGGCCGUGGCUGGCGGCCAGACCAAGCUAUCGGUGCAAGGCAGGAUCAGGGAGGAUAGCACGAUUGCUUAUGCAUAG